AUGGAGAUGGAUGGGAUGGAGACCGAGGAGGUUCGGGGUGUGAAGGUCGACGAGGACUCGAUGGCGGACAGGCGGCUGGAGAGGGCCGAGGAGGGAGGGAUGGAGACGGAGGAUGUCUCGGGCUUGAAGGAGGAGGAUGAAGCGGUGGCCAUGCCGGCCAUGAGGAGGGCGGAGGUGAAGGUGAACUGCAUUUUGGAUAAUCAGCAACGAUCGGCUUUACGCUCUCGCUCGCACGACGUGAAGGGUCUGUUUGGUGGAGUGACCGGCGCUAUAGAUCCACGGAGCCUAGCCAGAUCCAGUAGCAGAACUAUGUCUGCUCCAUCCCGACUCCAUCCCGACCCACUCCAGCUGAACGCCAGAACGCCGUCGAAUUCCGGCCAUCAUUGGAUCGAGCAGUUCAUCUGUAUCGAAAAUCGAGUGAUGGUCAUUUCGGCAGCCCACGUCACCCUAACCCCUGAGAUGAACGCCUAA